AUGGACCAUGGUCUUCAAUCGUGGUUGGUACGAUUUUCUUCUUCUUUGUCUGCUACCUUGUAUGAUCAUAUAUUAUACCAGCUUCCUGUUUGCAUUGAUCAGUGUCAAGUGCAGCUAAACAAGUCAAACUUUAUGCAGGAUUUCGAAGAAGACGGACAUCACGGCACAGUCAUCUCGCAGUCGUCUACAGAGAGUCCAAAUCCUCUUGAACAUCCUAUCACGACAGAUCUGGAUGCGGAGGUUGUAGCGCUGUCACCGAGGACUCUAAUGGCGACCAAUAGGUACAUAUGUGAAGUCUGUCAUAAAGGGUUUCAACGAGAACAGAACCUUCAGCUGCAUAGGAGAGGACAUAACUUGCCUCGGAAGCUAAAGCAAAGAACAAACACUGAGGUGAAGGGAAGGGUUUAUGUAUGUCCCGAGCCGAAUUGUGUUCAUCAUCAUCCGAGCCGGGGUCUAGGCGACUUGACUGGCAUUAAGAAGCACUUCUGCCGGAAGCAUGGAGAAAAGAAAUGGAAGUGUGAAAAAUGCUCUAAGAAAUAUGCUGUUCAAUCAGAUUGGAAGGCACACGCAAAGAUCUGUGGCACCCGAGAAUAUCGUUGCGACUGUGGCACGAUCUUUUCGAGGAAGGACAGCUCCGUCGCACACAGAGCCUUCUGCAAUGCAUUAACAAAGACAAUGGCUAGUUAUGGUUCAUGCUCCUAUGCCAAUGCAAAUACGAAUCUGUCAAUUUCUUAUGAGAAUAUGGGACAUUCACAGUCAUCACAGGGGAUAUUGUCUUUGAAUUCGGCCAGAAUCAUGAACAUGUCCAGCAACUUAAAUCAAAAUUUCAGUCCAGGAACAUUCCUGGCUUCCGCUCUUGCAAUAUGGUCCGCUCAUACAUCUGCAACGGCCUUGUUACAGAAAGCCGCAGAAAUGGGUGCUAAGAUCAGUGACACUACAAUCCCCCCGAUACUACUCCGAGGUUUAACCAGAUAUUGCACCAGUAACACCACCUCAACCGUGUCGCUCCAGUCAGAGAAUGGAAAUUAUGCAAAUCUGUCGGGAGAAGUGUACGUGGAAGGUGGCGAGAAGACGACGGUCGAUUUCUUAGGCGUCGAGCCAACAGGGCACCAGAAUGUGGAUAGCGAAAGAAGCCAUGACGGGAACAUAAUGAACUUGGGGUACUCCAAUGAGCAGCAGCAAAGCCUGAACAAUUUGGGUGCAAACUAG